AACAACACAACACAAUACAAUACAAAAAAAACUAAAUUCGAUCAGAAGUGACCGAAGAGCAACAGAUGGUUAAGGCAGCCUACAUUUGAAAACGACGGUGAUUGCCGACAAAAAAAAAAUAGUGUCAAGUGACCAUAUUUGCAGGUGGUCUAUAUUAAUUUGUUGAUUGGAUUCGCCGUUUGCCCAUGCGAGGUAAAACAAACUGGCGAUGUCUUGCGAACUAAAAACAUUAACUACAGUCUUUAUAUUAUUAACAAUAUCACUUUAUCUCAAUUGCCGUUCUUUUAGCGCUACGUCUGAGCGGCAAGGUUAUUCAGGAGGAAGCAGUAGGCCUAGUAGUAUGUUGUUGUUCAAUUUUGUGGACGAAAGCAGUGCAUUGGAAUCGAACCUUUCAAGUCCGAAUUUAAAGCGCAUUAGACGUGCGAGAUCAAAAAAUAAGAAUGAAACAAUACCUCUACAGUCAAACGACAGUGCAUCUAUGCACUCGAACAAUGAAAAAACUCCACUCAGAAGUUUCCACAAAAGAGCUUUCGAAGUCGAAGCUGGAUUUCAAGGUGACGCCCCAGCAUUUGGGGGACCAGAAAUCUCUAGGAAAAUGUAUCAAAGUGUGUCUAGCCCCCAGUCGACCGAUAUGUGGCUGGCAUUACCCAUGGUACACUGCUCAGAAGAGGUAAUGACCUUAACAGCCUCUGGAAGCGAAUACAUGCACAUCUUUGUAGUCAGAGCGAAUGCGGCCCCACUGCCUUUAUUCCAGGUGCCUACAUAUUGUGGAUAUUCUAUCAGGGUCACAUGGAACGAUCUGGUCCUAAUAGCCCCAUAUGAUGGGUGCUACAUCACAAAAGAGGAUGGCAAUUAUGUUCUAUCACUGCAGUGGUGGGGCAGUCCCAUAAAGAUAUCCUGUCCUAUGACACCUGUGGUCUCACAGCCAACUCCUUCCAUCUUGUGCUCUCAAUUUGGUAUGGUCAUUGCAAUAGAAGGCGCCCAGGAAGCUGUUGAAAAACACAUGGUUAAAGUGAAUGGGAACGUACUGCCUCUCCUAUCUGAGACAUGUGCAUAUCGCAUAUAUUCUCCUCCUGAGGUCGUUCUACUUCAUACCGCUUUCAGCUCUGAAUGUGUGACUGUGACGGAUGGAGAGAACAUCGUCGUCGUCAUCUUGGACGGAAAGGAGUUCACCCUCUCUUGUCCAUUUCCUUACCACCUGUCUCGAUUUCUUCCCUACCUUCAUCCUCAUCCAUUCCAUGAACCACAGCAGCCUGUAACACCUAAACCAGAUUCAACUAAACCUGUUGUGAUCCCUCAGCUUCCUAAUGAACAACCUGCAGUACCACAGUUUCAUCUAAAACCUCCUGCCGAUGCUCCUCCUGAACCUUUCAUACAACAACAUCUGCCUCUACCUGUAGACCAAAUACCACAUACACAUGAACAGAUGGUACCCCAAUACCCAGUGACGCCCCCUCCACCCUAUGCACCAAAGCCUAUAUCCUGUCCCCCCUAUCCUGAGUCAUUCUGUUCUCAGUACCCCAUCAUGUACCAUCAUCCCCCAUAUCAUCAGCCAGCCAUGACCACUGCUUCACAACCAACCAUCCAGCCAAUGCCUUGGACCUCACUUUCUCAACCUACAUACAAUCCACUUGUACAAGAGAGACCGUUCCCCCAGAUUCCUGUGUUUCCUUUGACUUCCACUGAAGAACCCCCCAAGAUGUCUCCAUCACUUGUUUGCAUGCAGAACAGAUUAAUGGCAACUUUGCCCUCAGCUAGAAUGGACUCCAUUAAAGUCAAAGAUGUGAAUACAAAUACCUGGAUGUCCAUCGCAUCUGUCCCAGCAGCCUGUAACUACGUACUCCAAUCUAGAGGUGGCAGUGUUGAGCUCUCUUCACCACUACCUUCCUGCCACACACAAAGAAAGUCCCCCACAGUGAUCUCUCUAUAUGUAAGGUUCUGGGAUUUCUCUCAACUGCGAUUGCGGACCCUACAGCUUCAGUGUCAGUACGAUGGAGAUGAAGGCACACAACCUACAGUUCCUCCAUUCAUAUACACACCUGCUCAACCAUCACCUCAAUUUCAGGUGGUGUGUUCUAGCCAACAUAUGAGUGUUAAACUACCUCCUGUACCAACAUCUGGGCUCAUUGUACAAGCUGCUUCCGGUGGGAUCAAAACAGAAGCUACUCCCAUAUUGAAGGCUCCAAGUUAUUGUGGGUACUCUGUAAGAAGGGGUAAAGAUGGUGCCAUCAACGUCCUCCUGCCUUACUCUUCCUGUCACAUGACUCAAAAGGAUGGGCAGUACAGAAUUAUAUUAAAAUAUCAGACACCGGAAAGGCGUACAGUUGAGUCCUUUCUGUCAUGUCAGGCUUCUUUCAGUCAAGAAUGUAAUGUCGCACCUGAUCAGCGGCUGGUCUGUGGAUCUGGGGAUUUAUCAUCAUUAGAGUGCCAUGACAGAGGCUGCUGUUAUUGUGUAGAUACCCAGUCGUGUUAUUACCCCAUGGACGAGUGCACAAUGGAUCGACACUUUGUUUUCUCGGUUCACUCAUCUGUCGCGGAUCCACCCUUUUCCCCAGCCACCCUUGUCACGGCUGGCAAUAACCCUUGCACACCUGACAAAGUUACUGCUGACUUGGCCCUCUUCAAGAUCCCACUGGAUGAAUGUGGGGUGCACAGAUAUGAGGUGGGUAAAACAGUCAUCUACAUGGUAGAGAUCCUGAAUAGAGUACAGCCCAUCAGUCUAAAUUACGGCACCAUCACUAGAGAUUCGCCUGCAAGGCUACUGGUUGAGUGUCGGUAUUUACCCGGAUCUGUGGUGAGUGUGGGUUACCUGGUGAAAAGCCCCUCCCUCGGACCUUCUAUCAAAGCUCAGGGGGUGUUUGGAGUUCAGCUUAGGAUUGCAAAAGAUGAGCACUAUGACAGCUUUUACCCACAAUACCACCAGCCCCUGCAUGUGCUGCUGGGGAAACCCCUUUACCUGGAAGUGCGUCUGCUAAACCCUCCAGAACCCACAGCUACGCUGCUGGUGCAUUACUGUGUUGCAUACCCGCGCUCUGCAAAAUCAGCCUGGAUCCUUAUUUAUGACGGGUGCCCGAAUUUUCUUGACCAGACCCCAACCCACAAGCCACCUCCUACGCCUGCAGAGGCCCUGACCAAUCAUGUUAGACGAUUCACAAUCACUACAUUCCAGUUCCUGUCUGAAGAUGCCAACCUGCUGGCAGAGGAGGAGAUUUAUUUUAUGUGUUCAACGGAGGUUUGUCUGCCCUCAGAUGGUCCGUGUGUUGAGGGUUGCUUUGGAGCACUUUCUUUCCAGAUCCCUCUGUGAAGUUCUGAGAGAAGAUGUGUGAGCUGGAUAAUACCCAACUACUAAACUACAUUCUUUUUGUUUGACAGAUGUGCAGUGUCUCACUAACAAUUGAAAAACAAUAAAGCUUUGAAACAGU